AAUAUAAAAAAAAAAAUUCAUAACGGUUGAUAUAACUACCGUCUGUUUUGAUAAUCUCUAACGGAAUAUUGAUCAUUGUAUAGACAUUGUUUAUGUACGUUCGAAAAUUUUUGUAUUUAUUUUCAAUAAUUGCUGAGUGGUACAACGUUCGUCAUUUCGUUUGGAUUAUCUUGAAAAUGGCGAAAACUAAACUUAGUGAUACACAAAUUGCACAGGCUUUAGAAAACUCUGUUGAAGAAGAAGAAGAGUUCGUUCUUCCUGAUUUUUCUUCUGAUUCGGAACCAGAAUAUGUUUUUUCUGCUUCGGAAAUUGAAGAUGAGUUUUCAGACGAUGGCGCUGAAAAUAUUGAGGACGCAACAGAAAAUAUGGCAAUUUACAAAGGAAAAGAUGGAACUAUAUGGUCGAAAAGUCCCCCACCAACCUCGAAAAUUCGAUCUUCCAACAAAAUAAAAGGCAAAGUUGAUAAGGUUUUAUUGCCUCCAGGGAAAACUUUGGAAAAUAUACUUGAUUGCUUCAGACUGUUCAUUUCCAAUGAAGUUUGUGCACAAAUAAUCCAAUACACUAAUCAAGAAGCGGAAAGGGUAUAUGCUAAUCAGUCGAUAAAAUGGAGAGCACUAGACAAUGAUGAGUUAUUAUCUUUCUUCGGUGAGUUAUUAUCAAUUUUCAAAGCAAGUAUGUCAAGUCGCAGAUUUGGGGAAUUAUUGCGUUUUAUACGUUUCGAUGACAAAUUGACCAGAUCCUCACGACGACUAGGGGAUACGUUGGCCCCUAUUCGAAAUAUUUGGGAUAUGGUUAAUCACAAUUUAGGUAAAUAUUAUAUGCCAAGUGAAUAUUUAGUUGUCGAUGAACAACUCAUGCCAUGUCGAAGCCGCUGUUGCUUUAUUCAGUAUCUUCCUUCUAAGCCUGACAAAUACGGCAUACAAAUUUGGUGGCUGUGUGACAGCAAAAACGCAUAUCCUCUUCGAGGAAUUCCUUAUACAGGAAAAGAAGGAAAUACGAGAAGUGUUGGCCUUGCUAAAAAUGUCGUUGAACGACUUUGUGAACCCUAUUACGGGACAAACCGAAAUAUAACAAUGGAUAACUAUUUCACAAGUAAAGAAUUAGCAGAAAACCUUCUUGGUAAAGGACUCACUAUCGUUGGAACUUUGAGAAAAAAUAAGGCUUGCAUCCCGCCUGAAUUUUUGCCCAACAGAAAAAGAGCAGUUUCAUCUACAAUAUUUGGCUUUCAGAAAAAUAUAACUAUUGCUUCACAUGUUCCAAAAGUCGGCAAGGCAGUUAUUUUUUUGUCAACAAUGCAUCACACAUGCAAUAUUUUGAAAAACGGUGAAACAAAUAUUUCAGAAAUAAAUAUGUUUUAUAAUGAAACCAAGGGUGGUGUUGAUACAUUCGACCAACUUGUACAUGAAUACAUGACAAAACGCAAAACGAACCGUUGGCCUCUUGCAUUUUUUAUGAAUAUGUUGGAUGCAGCAGGAAUUGCAGCAUACAUUAUAUGGACAAAACAAAAUUCUUUAUGGAACAGCGGAAAGUCUAACCGUCGACACCUUUUUCUCAGAGAACUUUGUGAGCAGUUAGUGGUACCUAUGAUAUUGAAAAGGCAGAAAAAACCACACAUGAGAAUGGAGACACAAAGCGCAAUUUCAGAUAUUUUGCAAAUUCGCAACGAUGUAUUGCCUGUAAGUAGCAAUGACAACAAUAAUAAAAGAAAACGUUGCUAUAUUUGCCCUUCAAAAAAAGCAAGAAUGCAAAAGCAAUGUUGUAAAAUUUGUAACAAAAACGUCUGUAAUGAGCAUUCUCAAACAACCAAAAUUUGCCAAAAUUGCGAAAACAAUAAAUGAAUUAAAUAUGUAAUGAAUAAAAAUUUGUCAAUUUAUGUUUUUUUUUUCAUGAAAUAAAGAUUUGAGUUAUAAAA